GACGACUCGGCGGCGUGGUAGAUCUCACCACACCACUCAGCUCGCGAGACCGGAGACGGACUGGGGGAAGAAGAAGCGGCAGCGCCAAAACCCUACUGCCCCCUCGCGCUGCCGCCUCAGAUCUCCGAUCCUACCCGGUCCAGAUCUGGUGUCGCAGAUGGCGAGCACGGGGCGGUCGAUGCUGCUGUCGCUGCUGCUGUUCGCGGUGACGCUGUCGCUGCUGGAGAUGUACCGGGGCUGGUUCGCCGCGUCCGAGCUCAAGACCAUCGCCGGCGGAUUCGUCAGCUCCCUCCUCUUCCUCCUCCUCCUCGCCUUUAUCGGUAAUUACCAAGAAGCUAGUGGUGUUAGAACUGGGUGGGGUGCAGUUGUUGUAGCAGAACUUGUUGCUCUUAUUGUAGCUGGCACUGUCCACCGCGUUUGCAUCACAACAUGCUUCCUGUUCUCUGCCGGGAUCCUUUACGAGGUCGACAAGCUCUCCGGGAUGAUCCUCGCGAGGAGCGAGUCCAAGGCGAGGCGGUACUGAGGGCACAACACAUGUUUUAUGUAAGGUUGACCUGUUUUGUAGAUGGAAUCAGAAACUAAUGUGCACACCCUCCUCCAUCAGACUCCUCAACCCAAUCAGCGUUUUCUUUUCUUGCGAGGCAUAUAUAGAACUGGAACCCUGGGCACUCGCCCGCCGUGUUUGCUAGCUGAGACGUCACAUUUUGAUUUUAGUCUGAAAUCACAGCCUUGUUGACCAGGUAAUUAUCCCUGUUAACCAUCUGCCCCGGUUUGCGAUUUGGAUGUUUUU